GCAAAACACUAAUGUUGCGACUAUUUUUUUGUUUCUUAUCAUAUGCGGUAAAAGUUCAUUCAUAACUAUUCAAGUAAAAUAUUAACACAAAGAAGAUUGAACUAGUGAAUGAAAUAUAAUUAUCACGCGAAUUGGUAUACAUACAGUGUCAAAGGUCGGUUGGCAGUAAAUUGCAAAACUUCUUAAACUAUUAGGCAGUUAUAAAAUAGAAUUUGAUAUCCAAACAAAAUUCCUUUAAAAGGACAAAAUUAUUAAAAUCUACAUUCAAUAAUGCUUCCGGUCUUUAAAUCUAUCAGCGAAACUGAAUAUUCUCAUACUGAAAAGCUAAUGGAUUUCAAAUCAGAAGAUUCCCGGCGUUACCGUCACGCAGGUGAUUUAACAAAUGAGCCGCCAACUCGUGAGUUUUCAGAAAUCACUAUCCCCAUGCCUUGGGGUCACAUAUCCGGUAAAUGGUAUGGUCCUCAAGAUGUGCAACCUAUACUUGGGCUACAUGGCUGGCAAGAUAACGCUGGCACCUUUGAUUUACUAGUACCACUUUUGCCGCCAGAUGUCCCAUUCCUUUCGAUAGACCUGCCCGGUCAUGGACUCUCAUCGCGCUUACCGGACGGCUGCUACUAUAACACCACUGACAAUUUGUAUGUAAUACUAAUUGUAAUGAAACAAUACAAAUGGAAGAAGGUCUCUUUGGUCGGUCAUUCUAUGAGCUCCAUAAUUGCAUUUAUGUUUGCUGCAAUUUUCCACGAUAAAGUAGAUAUGGUUAUCGGUAUAGAUGCAUUGAAACCACAUCAACGCUUGCCCGCCAGUAUUUUACGUUCGAUGGAAACACGUAUGGAUGCAUUCUUAAAAGAGGAUGAACGCAACCAGUCAAAAGAGGAACCGCCAAGCUAUUCGUAUGAUGAACUUAUUGAACGCAUUUUUAUCGGCACAUUCCAUUCCAUCAAUAAAGAUCUCUGUAAACAUAUGUUGGCGCGUAGUAUACAAAAAUCGGAGAAAUAUCCAGAGAAAUACUUCUUUUGCCGCGAUCGUCGUUUGAAGUUCUACAAUUACAUGGUUGGUUCACAGGAUCUUUGUGUAGAAAUGGCUAAACGCAUUGAGUGUCCCUAUAUGUUUAUUAAAGCGCGACAUUCCAGUUAUUUCGAAGAUAAAAAGUAUUAUGAUGAGGUAUUAGCUAUUUUACAGAAUAAACCGAAUUUCGAAUAUGUGGAGGUUGAUGGCUCGCAUCAUGUACACAUAAAUCAUCCAGAGCGCAUAAUUGGACCAGUUAACGAUUUCAUUAAUCGCUAUGGUCCUCUUGCUAAGCAAAGUUCUAGCAAAUUGUAAAGUUUUCUUAAGUAUAAAUUGAAAGAUUUUUAUCGGAGCAAAUGAACAUACAUGCUUAUGCUAUAUUUGUGAUAAAUGUAAAUAGUUGACAUUUGAAAUUGAAAAAUACACUCUGUUAAGUUUGAAUACCUAAAUAAUGCACAUUGAUGAUUUUGUUAUUUUUUAUAUUUACGGAUAUAUGUACAUAUGUACUUAUGUGUAUCAUGUUUAGUAUUAAUAUUGCAUACAUUUUUUCGGAAAUGUGUUCUGCUGCUUCAACCAUAAUAACAACGAACAUUGAAAGCUCCACGUUUCAACAGUUGUCGGAUGGACGAAAUGUAACCGGAAGAGGUCCUGAUUUUUUCCCCUACUAAGGACUAUUAACACGUCUACAUUCCUUUAAAUCACUAAGAAUUAGAGUUGUAACGCUAAACGAAAAUCAUUAUAUUGUACCAAAGUAUAGGUCUUACUUUUGGCUUUAAAGUAAAUUAUGUUUGAGGUAAUAUUUAUGCCAUUUUUACAACAUUGGCUCGUAUAUUCGGCAUAUAGGUAACUAGAAUUUCAAAAGUUAUUACAUGCAAAAUUUAAAUUAUAAAGUUAACCCCAAUGUUGAAAAUUACUAUAAUGCAUAUGUAUAUGGUUUUUCGUUUUCCACUAAAAAAAAACAUUCUAAACAUGCUUUUAAUAUUUGUAACUCACUUACUCAUUGUUCUAAAGGAAGUGGGAGAGAAUGUAGGUCGAUAUCAGCCUUUUUCAAACAGUAACAUAAAAACGUCAAAGGCAAUACAUUUUGGUUGCAUCUUUUAAUAAUUGCUAAAAUAUAAGAUUUAAGGCGUUGGUUUGAAAUAUUAAAAAUUUGAAAAAAAAUAUAUAUAUACUUAAAACACGUUUAUCUCAAAAAUUAAAAUUUUAG